CGUGCACGCCUCAAACACACCACAAGUCAAUUAACCAUCGACUUAGAAAACUAUUUAUGAAGGUGUGUGUUCAGCAAGUCCCAAGUCCAAGACGACCUUCAGUUUGGGGUGACAGUAUAAUCCUAAAGUCAUAUUGACAUGAUGUCAUAGGGAAUGGCUACUUUCCGUGUAGUUUCAUAGUGGGUGUAGAUGAGCAAUCCUCUCCGGUGAGGCGUGGCCUGUACCUGUAUAAAUGAAAGCAUGUCUGGAAUUUCAUUCAUUGCACUGACCAACACAAAGACAGCACAAACAAAAAGAACUUGCCAUGCAGAACUCAGUAGCACAGUGCUUUUUCCUUUCUGUUGGGGCUGUUAUUUUUAGCUCUUGUCUGAGAGAGUCUACAGCUCAACUAGAGCAUGAGGAAACGUACACGGGCCUGCAGCUUGAGGCUCUGAAGACCAUUAUUUUGGAGUACCUGGGGAUGGACGCACCACCCAGGCCUGGAGGAAGAGCUUCUCACCAGGACUUGGUCAGGAUGUACCGUCAGUAUAGGAGAAUUGGACAACUGCUUAAAGGGAAUUCCAGUGAAGAACAAGAGCUUCAGCCUGCAAGAAGAGCCUCUACGGUGCUCUUUCCCACGACAGUACAGCCUCUGAAUUCCAGCAUGGAUUCAAGGCAACAGUGUUUCAGAGCUGCUUUCCAGAAGAACGCACACAUCAAAACUGGAGUCAACCUUAAACGUGCAAGACUACAAAUCAAGAGACCACACAUGGACAAAAUUACACCCGGCCAGCCAUGGCUAUCAAAAGACAUUGUGGUUAGAAUACAUAAAACUGGUUUCCAUAAAGAGACUGUAUUUCACACAAGGCACUUGAACUCUCGGGAUGUCACAUUGGAUUUAACAGUUGCAGUUGAGAAGUGGCUUAAGGACACAAGUGCUGAGCUUUUAGUUGUUGAAAUUUGCCUUCUCAAAAAACGAGAAGUGGGUACACAAUCCACGCCAUGGCUUGUUCUGCAACUUGACCAAGCAGUGAGGAGAAGCAGGAGAGCUCUCUCUACUAAGGAGGAAAGUGUUGAGGAUGAAGGUCACUGCAGGCGAAAGUCAUUAAAUGUUUCCUUCAAAGAGAUCGGCUGGUCAGACUGGGUUAUCGCUCCUUCGGGCUAUACUAUGCACUACUGUGAUGGUUCCUGUCCGCAUAGUUAUAAAGCUGCAAGUAUGCAUACUCUAGUUAAGUCUCGUCUGCAUCUUAUGUCCAAAGGAACAACACCCGGGCCUUGCUGUGUACCAGCAGCCUAUGAGCCAAUGGUUCUCAUGCACUAUGACAGUCGUGGAAAGCUGAAACUGACACCUUUCAACGAUUUGAUAGUUAGUAAAUGCCACUGUGCAUGAGCAACAUGUUUUAAAUGAGUGUGAUUUUUAACUGAACAAUAGAGAAGAUGAAAAGGAGGCAAAAUAUCUAGUCGAUGAAAAAAAUGUUCUCACACACAUUGGGUUUCAUUCCACAGGUUUAUGAAAUAGUUUGGCUUCUUCUGAAACCAGAUGCCUGCUUACCUGCAUACACUGACAUGAUGAAUGGGUACUGUAUUUUCACAUGAUUGACAUACUGGGAUAUCAAGUUAUUUAUUGUAAUUUAUUUAAAAGUUUUAUAUCGUUUUUAUUGGUUUGUUGCUAUGUUGUGAAUGAAUCAAGAAACCUUUUGUAUUUUUGAAAGAAUCUAAAUAAAGUGUAUAUUAUCAUA